GGAUGGGAAGUGAAGGGUGCCCGAAGCCAACUUACAGGAGGCUGGCGGUGCUGGCAAGAUUGUGUCAGCGGUGCCGGUCCAUUGGUGCCUGGCCCAUUCUCCGGUGAUUGGACCUGCAGGACCACUGAGGGAGUGAGUGGCUGCCCCCAGGCUGGUGGGCCGCCUGGACAGAAAUCAUGCUCAAGUUCAAGCAACAAAGAAGGAAGCGAAAAAUAAAACCAAAAAGAUUAUUUAAAAAGAAAGAAUUCUCUCACUUUCAGUCCAAGCAAGUUACCCCUCCCCCUUCAUCACCCUCAACAGAAAGAGUGGUGAUUUCUUCAGCAAACACACCUCUUAGCAGAAGCUGGCUAAAACCAUCCUGGAAUUUCAAAUUUCCCAAUAUCAAAGAUGCAGUGAAACUUUGGACAAGUAGAGGAUGGUUUAUAUACCACUGGUGCCAGAACUGCAUAGUCCAGAGUUUAGAAGUAUUGAAAAACAUCAUCUUUCCUUCCCGUUUCUGCCACCAAGAACUUCAUAGUUUAAAACAACAGUUUUGUGUUUUGGAAAGUGAACUAUGCAAGCUCAAAGAAGCCCUGAAGACUGUAACAGAAAAUUCUUCCUGUCCAAGUUGUGGUCAUCCCUGUUACAUGAAUGGUAAACUUCCAACAGUGCCAGCCUGUGCUCUAACCACCCCUGGAGUAUCCGGAGCUGUACUUCCUGCCACACCAGCAGGCCAUCUUCCUCCUGCACCCCCACCUCCACCCCCUCCACCUCCACCUCCACCUCUGCCUCCCCCUCCACCACCCACAAUACCUUUGCUGCUCAGAAAAUCCAAUCUCACCAAAGCACUUCAGCCUGGACCAUUGAAAAAAGAUGGACCCAUGCAGAUAACAGUUAAAGAUCUAAUGAAUGUGAAAUUAAAGAAAACUCAGAGUUUUGAUGAAAGGAAAAAGCUUGUUCCAUCAUCAGAGAUACAGAAUCCACUAGUUACUGUCUCUGACCUGCAGCGUCUUACCCUGAAGCCCAACUCCAAAGCGUUAUCAACUCGAGUUACAAAUGUCUUAAUUAAUCCUGGUAAAAGUCAGAUAGACCUGCGGAAACUACUUAGAAAAGUCGAUGUAGAGAGGAGCCCAGGUGGGACCCCUCUUACCAAUAAAGAAAAUAUGGAAACAGGAACUGGACUGACCCCAGUAAUGACACGAGCCUUAAGGAGAAAGUUUCAGCUGGCUCACCCUAGAAGCCCAACUCAAACUCUGCCACUUUCUACAAGCAACUUUGAUGAACAAAACUGAUGCCAACUCUGCCUGACUCCAUGUAUUCAUCCAUAAAAUAUCCAUAAAAUCAACCCACUCCGUUUUUAAAAAUGUAGUAUGUAUAAAUAAGUAUUCUAAUUUAUAAUUCCAUUUAAAGAAUUACAGUAUUAUGGAGCCCAUAUUUACUGUAGUAUACUAGUGAAGUGGGUAUUUGGAUAUUUUAUAGUUUGCAUGGUAAUAAGAAAACAGAAUGGAAAAUACAAUCUCCAAAGUGAUGUUAAUCCUGGAAUUACCCAAUUUAGGUUGGAGAAGUUUUUCAAAUUUAACUAGAUAACUAAUUUGUACUCUGUAGGUACACUUAAUGACCUUAAGACAAUAAUCUAUCAAUACUUCCCAUUCAUCUUGGGUAUUUUCAGGUUAUUGAAAAGUAUUUCAGCUUUUAAAGCACAUGCAUUCACUAAGUGCUGCACACUUGAUCAAUAA